AUGGAAAACAACCAGUUUUCGUACAUCUUAAGGAGACAAAUUCAAGACAUCUUCGCAGAGUGUAGUGUUUCCAACGAAAAGGGGGGGUUACAAGAUGGUGACUCCUCUGUUGGUGGUCCCACGCAGGGGGAUGAUCCAGAUAAACAGAUGAACUUCCCCCGGGGGAAGAACAGAAUAGACCAGCGUGGUUUGAAUGGACAUGAUAACACAGGAUGGAUCGACACAAGACCGCAGAUCAACCUGAAGAAGGAGGAAGAUAAAUCCAUUUUUGGCCACGAUGGGAAAAUCCUAAUGGUGCAAAGCUAUACCUCUCUACUAUAUGAGCACUGUCAAGACAAGGUGAACGUGGUGUUAGCGAACAGAACGAUGCAUGAGGGCAGGAUAGAAAUGCAGAUAAGCGGACAAGGGGAAAGCUUUACCCUACCCGCCAGGUUGGAUGGAAAUAUAUUAAGCUCAUUUUCACCCCAACUUAAGAAAGGGGUUUACAAUUUAUUUUUUUUUAUAAACAAAGAAAUGAUAUACUCAAAAUUGCUGUCCUGUGGAGUAAAUAAGUUGAGCAGAGGCAUGCCAUGUCUCCCCCUGCACGUGAUCGAAAUAAGCAGUUCUGGUCACGUGGCUUACUGUAGAGAGAUAAAGAAACUCCCUCCCUACAACAUCCGGGUAAACAACCACGUGCACACAAAUAAGGGGCUCCUAAAGUUGUAUGCCCUUAUGCACAAGCAGUAUAGUCAGAUGGCUAAUCAGGAGGGAAUUCGCGAUGGAAGGGUAUCCCUGGGGACGGACUACCAACUGCACACCAGCAGCGAUAGUGACUUUUAUGAUUUGCUUUCCGCAUAUAAGGACGCGUACACGAAUCAUCAUCCAUACGUACAUGGGAAGAAGGGCAAGAAGGAGAAGCUCUACAUAAAUAACAUCCCCUUCCUUUCUGCGUUAAAUUUUGUCAGCCAUUUGGAGCAAUGUAGAAUCCCCCCGUUGUACAAAAAAUUGUUGUAUGAUCAGUGCGCCUAUGGAGAUAAAGUAGCUAUUAUGCGUUACCACACGCGUCUUGCUCCGGGGAACUACUCCUCUGGGGGUCUGUGUGCGCAUGUCUUUGCCAAGGACCAGUUGGGGGGAUCGUACUCCGUUUUCGCCUUCGAUUUGGUAGUGCCAGGGGUGGAGAAGGGCGGGCGCAGGGCAAUAGAGGGAGCCACUACCACAUCGAAGGCGAAAACGGAGUACGAGCCCCCCGCCUGGACGAAGAAGAACCCCCCGGUGAGCUCGCUCCUUCGGUUCAGUUGCAACCAAGAUAGCUGCGCAGAUAUGCGACAGUGGAGCUACGUGGAGGCCAUCCACUGCCGAAAGAAUGACGUGGCAAGGAAAUUUUACUUGUCCAAGGGGGGGAAGCGGGGAACGAACGUGGAGGGGCCAGUCGCAUAUCCAGUUACGUACCCCCUGCAAUGUCCCGUGCCCGUCGAACUAAUCAACAAUAGGAAUGCCUUCAAAAGGUAUGCCCCGGGAAUUCGCCUUUCGGAGCGCGCCAGCCUAUUCUUCGAAGCCUGGGAUUGCGACAUAUUGCCAGUUGGGCCGUUCGUGCCGUCCGCGGAUUGCGGCACGGAUUGCAGCAUGGAUUGCAACAUUCAUUGCAACAGGCACUGUGAAAAGGUGUGUGCACAGAUGAGGAAUCUAUCCACGCUGGUUAGAAGUGCGCGGGGCGACACGUUAUCAUUUGACGAUCUUUGCGAGGAGGGGCAAAAAAGGGACGUCAUCAAGUCGGGGGGCACGGAAAAAAGGGCGGAUGAAGUGGAAAAGAAUGAACAGGUGGGAAAAGGACAAGAAGGAAAAGGACAAGAAGAUGGACAAGGAUCAAAAGAAGAAGAGGAUGGACAAGGGGCAAAAGGACCAGAUGAUGGACAGGGAGCAAAAAAGACAUAUGAUGAAGACGAUACAAAAGGUGAGAAGCGUCAAAGCAGUCCACGCCGAGCGGAAUCGAAAGUCCGCCCCCAAGAUGAGCAGCUGAAGUGCGCCACGAAACAGACGCAGGAGGAGGCAGGCUCCAAAUGUCCACUUAGUACCUUCGUCUCCUUUGUGAUUACCAUUGAUGGCAAAAUAUAUCACAGUGUUCUUCCGAUAAGUAGGCUUCUCCUCCUCUUUGUGGUUAACUACUGGAUGUACUUCGCCGAUUAG